CACAGCACGGCUCGGCACGGCACGGCUCGGCUCCGCUCCGCUCUCCCGCCAUGGCAUCCAAGUGCCCCAAGUGCGACAAGACCGUGUACUUCGCCGAGAAGGUGUCCUCCCUGGGCAAGGACUGGCACAAAUUCUGCCUGAAGUGUGAGCGCUGCAACAAGACCCUGACGCCGGGUGGGCACGCUGAGCACGACGGGAAGCCCUUCUGCCACAAGCCCUGCUAUGCCACACUCUUCGGCCCCAAAGGGGUGAACAUCGGCGGGGCCGGCUCCUACAUCUACGACAAGCCUCAGAUCGAGGGGCAGACGGCUCCGGGACCCAUCGAGCACCCGGUGAAGGUGGAGGAGAGGAAGGUGAAUGCUGCACCUCCCAAAGGACCCAGCAAAGCCUCCAGUGUCACCACCUUCACCGGGGAGCCCAACAUGUGCCCGCGCUGUGGCAAGAGGGUCUACUUUGCUGAGAAGGUGACCUCGCUGGGGAAGGACUGGCACCGUCCCUGCCUACGCUGUGAGCGCUGCAGCAAGACACUGACCCCGGGGGGGCACGCCGAGCACGAUGGACAGCCGUACUGCCACAAGCCCUGCUAUGGGAUCCUCUUCGGGCCAAAGGGUGAGCACUGGGGGCACAGGGGGUGGGCACCAAGCCCAGGGUCCCUCUCAGUGCUCAUGCCACCACCCAGAGGGGACACAUCCCUGGAGCAUGCCCCUGUCCUCACCCUGCUGUUUCUUGCCCCGUGCAGGUGUCAACACCGGAGCUGUGGGGAGCUACAUCUAUGACAAAGACCCCGAGGCGAAGAACCAGCCCUAGGCAGCGUCCCCAGCUGCCCACACGCUCUGUGCCCCCCUGUACUAACCUCCUGCUCCCACCUGAGCAGACCCUCACCAGGCUGGCCACGGAGCUGUGCCCUCUCUGCUGUCUCUACUCCUCUGGGCAGGACAGCCCUGCCCCUGGGUUAUUAUUAUCAUAGUCUCUAAUAUAAGCUUCAGUGUUUUAAGGCAAAGGUAGAAGGGAUCUCCGGUGGUUCCCAAUGUGCUCUGCCCUCCCCAGCCCUGUCACCAGCCCCUCUGAGGGUGGGGGGCAGUAGGGCAGGUGCUGAUGCCCCGAAGGGCUGAGGAUGGGGGAAGGUGGUCCCAUGGAUGGAUGGAUGGAUGGCAGGAGUCCAACCACAGGAGGAGGGUGCUCCAGGCUGUCCCUCCUCCGUGCUUGGGGUUGAGGUGAGGGUGCCCAUCCCUCUUCCUCACCAGCUGCUGGAGAUGUGUGACACCUGGCAGCAGUGCCCUUCACCUGGCCUUUCCCAGGCUCCCACUGUUCCUGGGUCCACUGUUAGGUCUGGCACCUCCCUACAUCCCUGUCUUUGGAUCCCUGUAGGUGCACCCAGGCAGGUGCCCAGCCUGCUCUGUGGGCUGGUUUAGGUUGGUGUCCCCCAGCCUGAUGCCCCUGGGGGCCCCUGGCAGCUGCAGCCCUGGUGCAGGGGGCUCUCCUCUCCCCUCCCCUCCCCACCUUUGGAGGACAGAGCACAUUGGGCUGGUGGCCUGGGCAGCAGGACCCUCCCCUGCUUCCCAGAGCCGGAGGUUUCUCCUUGUUGUUGUUUAUUUAUAAGCAGUUGUACAUGUGCUCCUUGCUUUGGAGAAUGACACGUGCCCCCCAUGUCACCCGUCCCCCCGUGCACGCCCAGCCCUGCUGCUGCCCAGGAGCAGGGGAGGGGGCUGGGGCGGGGGGCCCUGGGUGCCAGCACCCCCUCCCUUCAGCCUCCCUGUGCUGCUGCAGGGCUGACUUUUGUUAUCUGCUGACAAUAAAGGUUUUGAGAGAUGUGUUGUGCA